AUGGGUGAACGCAAGGGUCAGAACAAAUACUAUCCCCCGGACUACGAUCCACGUGCCGGGGGACUCAAUAAAUUCCUGGGCACUCAUGCUCUCCGCGAAAGAGCCCGGAAACUGGAUCAGGGAAUCCUGAUAAUUCGCUUUGAGAUGCCCUAUAACAUCUGGUGCGAUGGAUGCAAGAACCACAUAGGUAUGGGAGUGAGAUACAAUGCUGAGAAGAAGAAGGUGGGAAUGUACUACACAACCCCUGUGUAUCAGUUCCGGAUGAAAUGUCACCUGUGUGAUAAUCAUUUUGAGAUUAAAACGGAUCCCGGGAACCUGGAUUAUGUAAUAAUAUCAGGGGCACGGCGGCAAGAGAACCGAUGGGAUCCCACACAAAAUGGUCAGGUGGUUCCGGAUGACAAGGAGAUGCAGAAGAGACUAUUUGACGAUGCUAUGUUCAAGCUGGAGCAUACGGCAAAGGAUUUGGCAGCUUCUGAGGCAGCUAAGCCCGUCCUCGGACGUCUCUUUGAGCGCAAUGAGGAUGUCUGGAGGGAUCCGUAUGAGGCAAACUCAAGAUUGAGAGCAGAAUUUAGAGCCAAAAAGAAAGAUCUCAAAGCCACUGAAGAGAUAGACAAGACCCUUCUGGCUAAAUCCAGUCUGGAGAUUGAUUUGGUGCCUGAGACUGAAGAUGACAAGCACAUGGCUUCUCUUAUGAGCCUGCAGACUGUGAAGUCUUCCGAAGAGGAAGCUGCUGAGAGGCGUCAAAAUGCUAUAAAUCGCCCAUCUCUACCAGGAAGCAAUAUAAUCUCCUUUGGAGGAAUCCGGGCAGAAAAGUUACUCAGCAAAAAGCUAAAUGUAUCAGAUCUGGGCAUUAGGAAGAGACCAUCGGCUACUGAGACAUCUCCAGAGGAGUCGAAAAAGCCCAAGGAAGACUCUAAGAGCCUGUCUCUCGUUGGGGAUUAUUCAAGCAGCGAUACGGAUUAAUCCUGAGUGUCUCGCUAAAGGUGAUUUGCAAUCCUCUAAAUCUAAUUUUUAUUUUAUAAAAAGAUCAUAAAGACGAACACUUAAAAACCCUAAAAAGAAUUUUAUGGGAAAUCACAGCAAUCGUGAUUAUUCCAAUUUUGUCUUUUUCAC